GCAAGAACAAUAAAAAUAAAAUAAAUUGUUGUACAAGCUACAAUUUCUUUGUUAUCUCUGUCUUUCGGUUUAAAUGUGAGAUUCUGGAAACAAAUAAAAAUUUAGCGGGAACGGUCGGGUCGGGAAGAAAAUUAUUCUAAGCGGGCAGCGGGUGAACAAAGAGUGAAUAUAUAGCGGGAGCGGGUGGGUGCGGAAUAAAACCUCGCGGGAGCGGGACUAAAAAAAAACAGUCCCGCGCAGACCUCUAACGUAAGUCUCACCCAUAGGCUUACUUCCAUGUUAAAGAAAAAGGUGGAUAGAGAGUUUGCACUUACAUCACGGUUUGGUCAGUUACCCGGAUAUGCGGCCAUACUGGAGAUACUGGAUGUAAACAACAGCAUGGAUUGUACGGUUAAUGUACUACUGAAUACAUUGCUCAAUUUAUGCUGUCUAAACCAUGGAAAAAUCAUGUGUAAACUGCUAAAUUUUAUAGUGGAGGACUUAGUAAGCAGGAAAGGGUGUAAUAUUUUGACAAACUAAAGUUAAUAGGUGGUAAAGAUAUGUACGAGCGGUGUUAAUUAAGACUAUUAAUAAUUAUGACUAUAAUUUCAAGAACAAACACCAAUUUGUCAAGGAAAUCCUGGUUCAGUUUGGCCAACCACAAACACAUUUUGUUCCUCAGACAGUUUUUUGCACUCUUUUCCUUGACUCUACUCCUGUCUGAUUUGUUUGUCGAAAAACACAUCAUAAUGUUUUAAAGAAGCUGAAUGAAAACUUCUUUGAUAGUGUAUUUUCAAAACUUGUAAACAAAAACUAUGAUUUCUUGUGUUUAUGUGGGUAGGAAUGUAGUGCCAGUCAGUUUUGCCAUUAUUUACAUCUCAAGUCAACCCAAACACAGGCCUUUUUGAGAGCACUUCACAACUGGUUAAAGAGGACUAACUCCAAAUACAAGACCCUACAGCAGCACAGGCUUGUAGUGGGCUAGAUGUGUUAAAGAAAAUGUACCACCUAAACUCAGUGUGUGAUAUACGUAAAUCUUAUUCUUAGAAACUGUGGCUUCAUCAUGUGAUCUCUAAUGCUGCACUAUUUAAAUGCGCACAGGGAAUUUGUCCAGUCAUAGAGGCUCGAAUUUGAAUUGAGACUUUUCUGUAGAAAUAUACUGACGUUUCUGUAACCAAUUUAGAUUUAGUUUUGGUUUGUGAUUGAGUUCAGAUAAAGAUGCAUCUGUUUGUCGUCUCUGUGCUGCUGGUGUUGGGUUUUCCACUCAUCGUGAGUGAAGUCGUAGAUUCAUUCGGCACAUGCAGCGAGUUUUUUUUCAACGAACAGCCUCCAGUGAUUCCUGGCGUUCUGCGUAAUUCAGUCUCACAGGAUAACAGUUGCUACAAACUAAUCUGUCAGAAGCAUAAAAAUGCUUACAGAUUUGCAACUCUCUAUAACACAGCAAAUAAGAUCCCUGUUUUCUCAGCCUACAAGUAUACUGGAAAUUCUGCAGAGAGAGUUAUUCCAUGGAUGAUCGAGCCACAGCUUGAACCUUUAAAUACUGAAAUGUGUGAAGAACCGUGUAUCAAUCAGACUAACACAGGAGACUACCGGAACACGCAGAACCUAACUCCAGGUUGCUUAUUUCCCAACAGUCAUGCAGCUGAUGAAAUCACUGCUGAAUCUACAUUCACACUGACCAAUGCUGUGCCACAGUGUGCCAGCUUUAAAAAUCAUAGUUGGAGACUUGUGGAGGAAAAUUUUAGAAGUAUCAUGCACUCUCACUGCCGUGACAAAAACAACCGUGAAAAUAUAUUGGCGUAUGUGCUGACAGGAGCUGUGCCGAGCCCAGACAAAUUCUUGAAUGACAGAGUUAACAUUCCCUCAAGUAUGUGGACAGUGUUUUGCUGCUUUGACACUAAAAGUGAAACAUGGCUAUCCCAGGGCCACUGGGCUGAAAACAAAGAGCGCAACAUUGCAAACAUCAAUGCAAAACCCCUGGAAACAUUACAAACAUUUUUGCAGAAACAAUAUGGUGCAGGAACCAAACUGUUCAACGACAAAUGCUUCUCUUUUUUCAAUGCGACAAAUCGACCUAUUGAAGACAAGAAGCAAGAACCACUGUGGUCCUUAUUUAAAAAAACUCCAGCGUCACCUUAGAUGUAAUUAUGCAGCUAAAUGAUGCUGAAAAUUCAUGCACAGUUGAGCUUGUCUAAAUGUUAGGUGGCUUGAUAGGAUAAUGACAACAGAUUUUUUUGUAAUUCUCACACUGUUAUUUCUUUGACCACUGUGUAGUA